AUGGUGGAAAUUCAGGAAGAAGACAGAACAAGCUCCAGCAACAAUAAUGAUACCGAGUCCAGUAAUCCGAGAGUUACUCUUUCGGAGUAUCUGUCUACACGCCAUAUAGAAUGUUUAUUAAAUGGAGCGAGGGCACUCACUCUUUUUUUCACUGUAUGUUAUCUUUCACCAAUUCCUUUGGUUGUUGCUCCCGGCUCGGCUUAUUACAAAGCUUUUGCAGCUGGAGUCGCCACUAGCGCUAUCAGACUUCAUCAGCGAAUAGGGAGGUUCGCUCUAACCAGAGAAUUCUUCAUGAACUUGUUAAUGGAGGAUAGCUGCCAUUAUUUGUUCUAUUCUGCUCUCUUCCUUACAUCUUCAACAAUAACUAUGGCUCUUUUGCCUAUUGUUCUUUAUGCCACUCUCAACUUUGCCAACUUUAUUGUAAAGUUACUAGUAUCGACUGGAUAUCAGCGGCUUCGCUUAACAACACUUCUGGGAAAAUUCAUACAUUCGCAAACAUCUAAUAUUCUUGGAAUAAUUGCUUGUGCUGAGAUUUUUCUGGUGCCACUCAUAAUCUCUCUCGUAUUUGUAGGGCAAGGGUCGUUGGUGCUACCUUUCGUUUACUAUAGAUUCUUAACGAUGAGGUAUGCCUCUAGGAGGAAUCCAUACACAAGGUCUGCUUUCUCACAAAUGAAACAUUCUCUUUUACAAAUCUCUCAUUCACCGAGCUGCCCUCAGUUAGUGGGUCGCUUGAUUACUAUGAGUACCAAUUUCAUAUCGAACUUGGCUCCUGUUACAGUUUGA